UAGAGACCCUCUUUCUCUCUCUGUCUACGGAUGUCAGUUGUAUACGUCAUGGAUUGGUACAGACGACGAUUCAACUCAUCUUCUUUUGUCUCUCUCUCUGGGGUUUUAAUUCAAAAAGCGAAGUUGGUUAAUACUUUUGUCCUGUACGAUCGUAUAUUCGUGUUCUGAUUUGUUUUGACAGAGUACCUUAUGUGUAUAUGCCAAACACCUCCCUCUCUCUCUCUCCUUGUCCCAGUUUAUAAGUAAGUAAGAACAAAAGAGAUCACAAAAGUUGCAGGCUUUUUGUUUGGCUUUCCUUUGUUUUUCUUUGAGUUAGAGAGAUGAUGAUGAGAGGUGGUGAAAGAGUGAAGGAGUUUCUUCGACCUUUUGUUGAUUCUAGAGAGUGGGACUUUUGCGUUAUCUGGAAACUCGGCGAUGAUCCUUCUCGCAGGUUUAUUGAAUGGGUGGGAUGCUGCUGCAGUGGUAGUUAUAUUGAUAAGAACAUUAAGCAUGAACAUGUGGAAGAAGAAGAGACGCAAAAGAUGAGCUCUAUUUGCAGAGAUGAAGACAACAAGCAUCACAUCAGAACCUUAGCUUGUGAAGCUCUCUCUCGUUUUCCUCUCUUCAUGCCUCUCUAUCCCGGGAUUCAUGGAGAAGUAGUCAUGUCAAAAUCUCCCAAAUGGUUGGUUAAUUCAGGUCCUGGAUCUAAACAGGAUAUAUUUAGCACAAGGGUUCUUGUCCCUGUGCGUGAUGGUCUAGUUGAGCUUUUCUCCUUCAUAAUGAAACCGGUGGAUGAAAGCCUGGUUGAUUUGAUCAUAUCACAUUGCAACACCUUCUUUGAACCAUACCCUGAGCAAACACUCCCAUUCAGGAUCAUUUCUAAAGAAGAGGAAUCUAUGUUAAUGCACAAGGAAGAGGAUGUCGUGAUGCAAAACACCAUGGACGAUAAGAAGGUGGCAAAGGAAAACUUCAAAUCUAAGAAUCUUCAUUCAGAGAGAAAACGAAGAGAGAGGAUUAAUCAGAGAAUCUAUGCUUUAAGAGCCGUUGUCCCUAACGUUACAAAGAUGAACAAAAAUGGAACUCUUAGUGAUGCGGUUGAUUACAUCAAUCAGCUUCUAGUAGAGAAGCAGAAACUUGAAGAUGAGCUGAGAGGAUUCAACGAGAUAGAAAGCAGAAGAAUCGCUGCAGAGGAAGAAUCUGCAAUAGCUAAUCCACAUACUGAAAAAGUUGCAUCUAGACUCAACAAGAUAGUUAACAACGAGGUGAGUCUUGAAGUGUACGAGACUGGUGAGCGAGGUUUCUUGAUCCGGGUUGCGCAGGAGCAUAAUAAACAGGAUGGAUUCAAAAGGUUGAUAGAAGCAGUAGACUCUUGUGGACUUGAGAUUAUAGACGUCAAUUUCACUAGACUCGAUCUCAGAGUCAUGACCGUUCUCAAUGUCAAGGCGAGCAAAGACGGAACUACACCUGAAAAUCUGAGAGAUUUGCUGCUCAAGAUGAUGAUGAGAACUUCAGAAAACCCAAAUGUAGAGUCCUUAAGACAAUGUACAUAAGCAACCAAACAAAAAAGGUCAAAUGUUUUGUUUGCUUGAGCCACAAGUUACAGCUGAGAUCUGAUUCUCACAAGCUUUUUUUGGUGUUAACUUACAUGUUUGAAACUAUAAACUCGAUCUUAGUGUUGGAUUUUGAGUUCUUUAAAUUAAGACAUCCACAAAAUUUCUAA